AUGCAUCGUCUUUUUGCUGAGCUGGAGCCAUCUUUAAUCGUCACAGAGCAAAACCUGGCAGACCGAGUUCGGUAUAUCUUGCGCUCAAAUAUAUUUGAUGUCGCCGAACUCGCACGGCUACGACGUGAGGCUGUUCCCUCGUCGGAUGAGAAUGCUACGGCUGAGGAUGCGGCGCCACAAAUGGUAGAGCAACCCGCAAACGUGGAUGCCGCCGUGAAUACCCCAGUUGUGGUUGAUUCAAACGAUGAUGGAACAGUCGCCCAGGAACUGGAAUUAGAGCAUAUGAGGAGUAUAUUGGAAGAGGCGAUUGUGGAAACGCGCAGUACGCCUCUCGAAAAUCGACCGCAACUUCCCCGCAUAGCCCUAAGCAAGCGGAAUCGGGCUGUCGUGAGGGCUCUGAACCCAAUGCUGGUUACCUAUUUGGAAGCCAGCCGGGACCUUUGCGAGACGGACUCAAUUCUUUUUGGCGCCGCGCUGGCAGUCUGCCGUAUCAUAGGCGCCAAGGUUUCCACGGCUGGACGCGCUACUGGCCAUAGUAGCGCUAUCCCAGCAUGGAGAAGGAACGUAUCGCAAAGGCUAGAGCUCUCAUCGGCAGACUGA